AUGAAUCAGAAGAAAAUGCCAUAAGUUAAAGUUACUCUCAAGAAAGUCGCAAAUGGAUUUAUUGUUCAUGAUGCAGAUACCACUGUUCGAAUACCAAAAAGCAUUGUUCAAAAUACUCCUCCUCAAUCAACAGUUUAGAUUAAAAAUAAGUCUCAAACAACAUCAUUACAUUCCCAAACAUAAAUACCCUAAUAAUAAUUACAAAUUAGUCCAGCAAUACUCUCUCCGUAAUAAUCGUUCUUAUAUUAACAAAUAACUCCAGGAAUGCAAUAAAGUAUUCAAGGUUAACAAUCCAAACAACCCAUCAUUUAUCCAUCUCCUCCACCUCCCUACAAGCCCAUCAUACAAUAGAAUUUGAUUAAUCAACCAAUCGCACCUUAGAAUUUUGAAAUUUUCCCUCCUGAUCCUUUCGUGACUAAAAAGAGAUCUUUUGAAAUCACUGUACCUUCUUGCACUUCAUGGUUCAGAAUCGACAAAAUACAUUCAAUUGAGAAGGAGAAUUUUAAAGAAUAUUUCAAUCAAGAGAACAAACACAAAACACCUUCACUAUAUAAGAAACAUAGGAACUUUAUUAUCAAUUUAUAUUAUAACACACCGAACGUUUACUUGACAACUACUGCAUGCAGAAGACAAUUAGCUGCUGAUGCAUGCACUAUCGUUAGAAUUCAUGGUUUUUUGAAUCAUUGGGGAAUUAUCAAUUCUCAAGUGGACUCAGAUUAAUACUAGGGCAAAAUUAUACCGUAACCUGCUAUUCCUGAUAAUUUAUUCAAAGAAUUGUUUUAAUCGAAAAAUAGUUCGCAACAAUAUUAAUUAAGUGAAUAAUAAAUUAUUGAUUCUAUAAGAGAAUUAUCGCUUAAAUUAAGGCCUAUUUGUGACUCAUGUUAAAUGAAAUGCAAUUUAGUUUGGUACCAACAAAAACCUAUUAAAGAUAUUAAAGAAAUUAUUCUAUGUAUUAAAUGCUAUGGAAAUAAUCACUUCCCAAACAUUCUUUGUGCAGAGGACUUUUUUAGAACUGACAUUGAAGAAAGAUUGAAAAACACCAACAUCUCAAUUGAUUAGGCAGAAUUAUCCGACUCGCAAUUAAACGAUCUGGAAUUGUCAGAAAUGCUAAAUUACAUCCAAGACAACCCAGAAAUAGGUUGGGAUAAAAUUACUGAAUUUGUGAAUGAAAACAGAAAAGUCAAAUUGGAUGUCGUCUAGAUUUUAAUUAAUUUUCUAAUAUAUCCACUUAAAAAGCAAUCUUCCAUUAGCCGUUCUUUAGAUGUAAAAGAAUAGUUAUAAAAAUGGACUAUUUAUGAUUUAGCAAGUAAAAUUGCUAGUGAAGAACCAUAAAUUUUCUCUGAUUCUUCCAAUCUAUAUGCUUAUCAUAUAUCCAUUUUCCACAAACGCUUAAAUCAAGACGAAGAACCCAAAUAGCCAAACGGUGAUAAAUUAUGCAAUGGAACCACUCAUUCAGAUUUGCUACAAUAAUAAACCAACCUCUAGAAUAGUUUAAAUGACCUUGAUCAAAAUUUGAUUGUUAAUUUCAAAGAGAACUCAAUCCAAAAGGCCGAAGCCGAAAUUGUCAAAGAAGAAAGCAAAUUAAAUCAAUGUAUCAAUGCCAUCAUCAAUGUUCAAAUGGAAAAAAUUCAGUAAAAGAUUGCCUUUUUAGAAGAGUAUGAAAAAAUUGUGUUAAACGAAAAAAAUAUCUUAGAAUUAUAAUAAAAAUAAACACUUGCUGAGAGAUUAAUCGUUGUCUAAUAAAAGCUAUAAAUGUAUAAUGAAGAUAAUAAUUAAUGA